AUGGCACCCUCCCUCGUUGAGACAGUCCCUCUGCGGGCUGCCACGACCAUCAAAGCCAAGGUCACCGAAGGAUUCAACAAGGAGAACGUCGGUGUGACCAGCUCGUACGACGAGAAAAAGGAGCUCAACGGAACGGAAAAGCACGCUCCUGCGUCGUUCCCUCACUACCUGCCCGUCUGGGACAAUGAGACUGAGAGAUACCCUCCCCUCGAGCCCUUCGAGCACUACGACCACGGCAAGGACGCCGACCCGACCUUCCCGGACCUGCUGCCCCCGGGCAAGGCCCAGAUCUCUGAGAUCACGCCGCUCAUCGGCUCCGAAGUCCAUGGUGUACAGCUGAGCCAGCUGAACGACAAAGGAAAGGACCAGUUGGCCCUGCUGGUGGCUCAGAGGAAGCUGGUUGGUACGUCGUACAGAUCACCAUCGCCGCCUUAUCUUGCCGGACUCUUCCGUGACCAGGACUUUGCCAAACUGCCCAUCGAGAAGGCCCUCGAGUUCGGCGGCUACUUUGGCCGACACCACAUCCACCCGACCUCCGGCGCGCCCAGGGGGUUCCCGCAGAUCCAUCUCGUCCACCGCAGCGCCGACGACAAGACCGGCCUCCAGUUCCUCGAGGAGCACACCAACUCGGUGACAUGGCACUCGGACGUCACCUACGAGCAGCAGCCCCCGGGCACGACCUUCCUGUACCUGCUGGACGGUCCCACGAGCGGCGGUGACACGCUGUUCGUCAACAUGGCUGCCGCCUACAAGCGUCUGUCUCCGGAGUUCCGCAAGAGACUGCACGGUCUGAAGGCGGUGCACUCGGGGUUCGAGCAGGCCCAGAGCAGUCUGGCCCGAGGAGGCAUCGUCCGGAGGGACCCGGUUGCAAACGAGCAUCCCGUUGUUCGCACGCACCCGGUCACCGGCGAGAAAGCCCUCUAUGUGAACCCACAAUUCACCCGCAAGAUCGUCGGCUACAAGAAGGAAGAAUCCGACUACCUGCUCAAGUUCCUCUUUGACCACAUCGCCCUGUCGCAGGACCUGCAGGCUCGCGUCAAAUGGACUCCGGGCACCGUCGUCGUUUGGGAUAACCGUGUCACCGCCCACUCGGCUCUUCUGGACUGGGAGAACGGCCAGAGACGCCACCUGGCUCGGAUUACGCCGCAGGCGGAGCGGCCGUUUGAGACGCCGUACGAGGGUGACGAGUAA